AUGGUUCACAAUUUUAGUAGCUUUAUUUUGUUAAUAUUGUUCCACAGCACUCAAACGGUCAUAACUACACAAGGACGUCGAUUCAUUGUCGAUGAAGGGAACAGUGUCAACUUACCCUGUAGUAUACAUGAUAUUGCGGAUGAUGCAGUAGUAAUAUGGAAACGAGGAGAGCAAGUCUUGUUUACAGAUGAAGAAGGUUUUCAUGAAGAUCCACGAUUUCAUUUACAUCGAGAAAACGAUAAUUUCACGUUAAUAAUUGACCAAGUAGAGCCGUACGAUGGUGCAAAAUAUUUUUGUGAAAUAACAUCUCCUGAAAUGUCUAUAGUGCAUACACUUGAAGUAAACGUGCACCCAACAGUUUCUAUAUCGCCAGAUGCAAACCCAUUGUUAGUGAAUGUUGGUGAUAACGUAUUCAUCAAAUGCUCUGCGUCGGGUAACCCGUUGCCAAAGGUUACGUGGACCCGACAGGACGGCCGCGCAGUGCCAGCACGAGCUGUAUCAAAAGAUGGACAGUUAAGAAUAACUCGAGUAACAGUGAACGAUAGUGGCGUUUACGAAUGCACAGCUUCAAAUAAUGUGGGCACCGAUGCACAUGACACGAUUGAAGUUCGAGUACAAUCAGGUCAAUACGGAGCGCAUGAGCCGUCACCACCAUGGGUAGAUUCAAUAUAUACGUAUAUACCAGUGCGUCUGGACCAGGACAUUAAUUUGACGUGCAAAUAUAAUGCUGAACCGUCACCUCAAGUAGAUUGGUUUUAUAACGGCUUCACAAUUAAUGUUAGUCUCUUAUUUCUUAGUAUCAUUCGUAAAACACUGCCAAAAGGUUUCUUAUCUCGGAAGCAGAUGGCUCAUGUCUUUAUUUUCCGUGUUAAGUUAUUUUCGACAUUUUGUUUUCAGUUUUCGGAUAAUCGGUUUAAAGGUAUAGUACAAUAUGGCACCAGACGAGAUAACUAUAGUGAGUCUAUCCUGGCAGUUGAAAAUAUUAAAGAAGACAAUUUUGGUGAUUAUACUUGUCGUGUAGCAAAUAAUCUUGGUACGAAAGAAAAAACAAUUCAUGUUAGUGGUCGACCUGGACCACCUCAUUUGAACGUCAGCGGAACACAACUAUCCUGGCACGUACACUCAGUAGAUCCAGUAAUCGAGUACCAAAUUUUAUAUCGGUUUUCUAGCGACGAUACGUGGCAGCAGUUUAAGUCUAUUAGAGCAAAUAAAGAGGAGCAAGAUGGUGAUAUAUGGAGCCGAAGUGAAGAUUUAGUGUGGCUACGACCGGACGUAGAAUAUGAAUUACAAGUGAAAGCACGAAAUAAAUUAGGAUGGGGCUCUUUAGCUCGAUCUUAUGUUACAAUGAAAACGCCCCCACUUGAAAAUGUCACUAACAGUAAGUAA